AUGAAAGAGGAAACGAUGAACCCACUUAUUACUAAUAUCUCUAUCAUGAUGAUGAAAGAUAAGUUAUUCAUGAGACAAUCGAUGGAGAAUAAAAAGUAAGAUUUACCAAUGAAUUCUUAUAAUAAUCUAUUGUAAAUCUAGAGUUAAUCCAGAAAAAAUAGAAGAGUGGGUAACAACAGUAAUAAAUAAUGAUGCUUUAGUUGAAGAUGAUGAAUACAUAAGUUUAGUGUAUUCUGUUGCAAUUGAGAAGUUGAAUCAAGAAAAAACAGAUUUAAAAAAAUUGCAAGUUCAAGAAGAAGGGGAUUCAUUAAAAGUAAUCAUUUAAUCAUACUUUAGAUUGCUAUUACUACUGCUUAAAAAGUUAACUAUAUCUAUGUAGCAUUGGAAUCUAAUGGAAAACAAGCAAAUUUAAAUCAGAAUGAUAAUUUUGGAAAUUCUUUAUAAUUUCAGAAUCCUACUUUAAAUUAUAAUCUAAGAACUCUCCUUUUCAGAGAAAACAAAAGAGACCAUUCCAUUAAAAUUUAAUAAGACUGUUGA